GGCGGACUGUGUGAGAUCACUGCUAGAGGAAAAAAACCACCAUUGCAAAUGUCUAGUGCAUACAGAAGUCUCGGAAUCCCAGAAGUAGCUGUGGCUCUUUUGAGCACACGCACAAUUAAUUUUAUGCACAUGCAUGCGCAUGCGUACUAAUAAAGCCAGCCAGGAAAAGAGAUGUCGCCGAUACACUGGAGCGCCAGGACCUACCAGAGCCUCCUACGUCGUAACAAAGACGGGAACUUUUAACUCAACAUCGAUGGCGGCGCGGAGAACGGGGAGAUGCCGUCGUACCUCGGCUACUUCGGCAGGACCCAGGACAAGUAUCAACUACGAACAAGGGAAGAUCGCGACGGGUGAGAUCCUGCGGGAAGUCAACGGGGGGAGAGAGUGCAGGAAUGACAAGGGAAAUGACGGUAUCGCAGCUACAUCAAGCGUCGGCUAG